GGAUUUUAAUCGGAGUUGACAGAGAAAUUUGGCAAAUGGAAGUUUCAGGGCCACCCAGCACUUCUACAAAUCAUCAUACCGUCGGUGACACGAAAAAAUCUAUACAAACUGAUAUAUUGAAUUUGGUUGGCGUCCUAAGUAAUCAUCUUGACCUCGAUGUGAAAAUUGCAAAAGAUAUUAAAGUGUUCAGCACACAAGUUAUAGGCAUAUUGACAAUGUACGCCUUUAGCAUGCAGGAAGACGGCAUAUUUUUUACAUAUGAGCUUGUAUCUGCAGAAUUGCCGUUUGAUUUCCAUUCAAGGUCAAAGUACAUGGCAGUCUUUCGGUUGAUGGCUAUUUUCCAUGAUGAGAUAGUCCAGCAGAAGGCAAUUAUGGAUAAAAUUGAUCGUAUUCUCGUUCCCUGCGAGGGUAAAUGCGUUCGUGAUGUUUUGAAGAUUCCAGCGUACUUACGAGAUAUAUGA